CUUUGCUGAACAUUCUACAUGGCUACAACCGCGAGAGAAUCUUUCAGAGAAACGAAACACACUGCUGAAAACAAACAAGAACCAUUCUCCAUGUGAAGAAAAAAGAAAGCUUAAACACACCUUAUGCCUCAUGAAACAAAGCAUAAAAAGGGUACUCUUGUUGUUGAUACCUCCUCUUUGUUCUGUUUCCUCCCUCCUUCUAUUAUUCUUUCCUUUCGAGGCCCUCCCUGUUGGUGCGCAGUGCUUGAUUGGACUGCGAGCUGAUGCGCCACUGAUUCAUGAUCUAUUUGCUCAGCGCUCUUGUCUGAGAGCAAAAGGAGAUUCAUUUGUGGAAUUACCUGGAUGGUUGAGGCAAAGGCAAGCCACUGUUCCUCUUUUGUUUCUCCCCUAGGAGGAUUCUACUUUGCAAAUCGCCAUUUAUUGUUUAAUAUUUUUUUAUAUAUUUUUUAUAUUUUAUAUAUUUUUUAUAUUUUAUAUAUUUUAUAGUUUUUAUAAUUUAUUGUGAAGGC